AUGCCAGGAGUAGAAAAGAAGUCAGGCCACAUGGGUGAUGAGGUUGAUGCAUGCAUCGCCGGGGCUGGAUCAGUGUUUGGAAGGCUCUGGAGGAAAGUAUGGGAAGAAGAGCCUUGCAGCAGCGCUCCCAGAACCCCUCAGCCUGGACUUCGAGUGGAUCCAGAGAUGAACUCGGCAUUGUUGUACCCAAUUCCUUCUGACAACAAUCACAUUCUUUUAAAAACUUCUUCGCUCCAGAAGUUCCAGCAGAAGGCUCUGAAGCAAACUAAGCAGAAGAAAUCCAAGUCAGCUGAAUUUCUGAUGGCAAAAGAAGAUGGAGCAGCCACAGAAGGCAUUGAAAACCCAGCUUUUAACAUCAGCAGUACAGAUCUUUCAGCAUAUCAGACUUCAGAGGAGAAAGUUAUUAAACAUGACAAGCCAGAUAGCACCCUUGCAGCUCACCCACAGAAACUCCGGCUGCGGGCCUGUGCUGAACCAAGAGGAAAUGAAUACAGCAGAAAUUACUUUGACCCAUUGAUGGAUGAGGAAAUAAACCCAAGGCAGUGUGGGAUGGGGGUCAGCGGAGAAGGAUAA